UGAAACAACUUCUAACAUAUUUACUUAAAAGAACUGUUGAAGAACGACCAAAAACUUAUCUUGAAAUACUUGAAAUACCAUCGAUACGAGAUGUUAGUGAAAAUCCAUCAGAUGAAGAAAAAGCAUUUGUAAUUCGUGUACUCGAUAAUUUACUUCCAUUAAAUGAAUAA